CGUUUAUUUCUACAAUUUCUCUUCUUAAAAUGUGAUUUAAACAUAACCCUAACCUGAACUCUAAUCGUAACCACACUGCUAAUCGUAAACCUAACUCCAACCUUAAAUGAAAAACAAAAAGCAGAUUUUUGUUUUCAAGAAUGUUUACCAUAGCCAAUUUUGACUUUUGUCGAUGUGUUAAGUAGUGAAAACCAAGCAGAGGAGGGAGGGGCGCUGUACUGCACGAACUUAAUCCAUAACCCCGGGAAAACAACAGUACCAUUCAGCAGAGAAUCCUGAGCGAGGUGUAGUGGAACGUGGAGACAGCGGCACAACAUUGGACUAUAGUGGUACCAUUAGGUCCUAGCGCAAUGGUUCUCCCAAGAAGAUAUUUUCCAAUUCAUGUGGCACUUUUUUGUUUGCUAGAAUGGACUCAUAUAUCAGCCUUCAACCUGGAUACCUUGAAUGUCCUGAGGAAAGACGGGGAACCCGGCAGUUUAUUUGGAUUCUCUCUAGCCAUGCACCGGCAACUUAUUCCUUCAGAUAAGAGAAUACUGUUGAUUGGAGCACCAAGAGCCAAAGCUCUGGCCAACCAGAGAGCCAACAUAACCGGAGGCCUGUACAGUUGUGACAUCACCACAGAAUCUGAUGACUGUGAUCGCAUCGAUUUUGACAAUGAAGAGGAUGUGAGAGUUGAGAACAAGGAGAACCAGUGGAUGGGGGUGACAGUUAACAGCCAGGGCCCCGGGGGGAAGAUUGUGACCUGUGCUCAUCGCUACCAGAGACGUUUGUUUGUGGACACUGCUCAGGAGUCCCGUGACAUCACAGGCCGCUGCUACGUCCUGAGUCAGGACCUAACUAUUGAUACGUCCUCUGAUGAAGACGGAGGGAACUGGAAGUUCUGUGAGGGACGUGCCAGAGGCCAUGAGAGGUUUGGCUCAUGCCAGCAGGGUCUGGCUGCCACGUUCACCAAGGACUACCAUUACGUGGUGUUUGGAGCGCCUGGCGCCUACAACUGGAAAGGCAUUGUACGUGUAGAGCAAAAGAACAACACUUUGUUAGAAAAGGGAUUUUAUGAUGAUGGGCCUUAUGAAGUUGGAGAUGAGAACCGCUUGGAUCCUGACCUGGUGCCUGUGCCUGCUAACAGCUACCUAGGUAUCCUGUUCAUGACCAGUUUGUCUGCUGCCAACCCUGAUCAGUUUGUGUAUAAGUCACCUUCUCUGCAGGUCAGCUUUGAGAGAACUCUAGAUGUGACGACCAAUACUUACUUAGGAUUUUCCCUUGAUUCUGGCUUUAGCAUCACCAAGGGGCGUGGCCUAACUAUUGUGUCUGGAGCACCACGAGCCAAUCACUGUGGGGCUGUGGUCCUGUUGCGAAAAGAGAAUGAAGCGUCAGCAAGACUCUCCCCAGAGUACAUUCUAGAAGGGCCUGGACUGGCAUCGUCUUUUGGAUAUGAUGUAGCUGUGGUCGACCUGAAUGGAGAUGGGUGGCAGGAUAUUGUAGUGGGAGCCCCUCAGUUCUUCAUGAAAGAGGGAGACAUUGGAGGAGCUGUUUAUGUCUACAUCAACCAGGCAGGAAAGUGGGCCAAGAUCACCCCAAUCCGCCUCAAUGGAACCAAAGACUCAAUGUUUGGGCUGGCAGUGGAGAACAUCGGUGACAUCAAUCAGGACUCCUAUCAAGACAUUGCCGUUGGAGCUCCCUACGCUGACACUGGUGCAGGAAAAGUGUACAUUUACCAUGGUUCUACUAAUGGAAUCAACACCAAGCCUGCACAGAUCCUUGAGGGAAAGCCCAACAACAUCAGAUUAUUUGGAUAUUCUUUGGCUGGGAACAUGGACUUAGAUAAGAAUUCCUAUCCUGAUAUAGCCAUUGGGUCGCUCUCAGAUACAGUACUCGUUUACAGGGCAAGGCCAAUUAUUAGUAUCAAGAAGGAUGUCAAAAUUACUCCGAAGGAAAUUGACUUCACAAAGAAAACCUGUGGCAACAGUAUCUGUUUGACCGUGGAAGCAUGCUUCACCUAUAAAGCAAACCCUGCAUCCUACAGCCCAAAACUAACUAUCCGCUAUGCAUUUGAGGCUGAAGCAGAUCGCAGAAAGCAAGGGCUGAUCUCUAGGGUCCUGUUUCUGAACAAGUCUCGCACCGACCAGGACUUCCAGUCCACCGGAAUUCUGGACCUCCGGGGACAAAACAAAAGAGCGUGUACCAAGACAAAAAUCAGACUGCAGGAUAACAUUAGGGACAAGCUGAGUGCUAUUCCCAUUGAGGUGUCAGUGGGGAUCCUGGGCACCAAGCGUCAGAAGAGGCAGAAUGCUCUCCCACAGCUUGUGCCUAUUCUUGACAACUCCCAGCCAAGCAAGGUCGUCACUGAGGUUAACUUCUUAAAGGAAGGAUGUGGAAAUGAUAAUAUUUGCCAGAGUAAUUUACAACUGGAGUACAGAUUCUGUUCCAAAGAGCCCAACCAAGAGGUAUUCCCUCCAUUACAGAUGCAGAAUGGGCUACCAGUGAUCUCCCUCAGUGAUCAGAAGGACAUAGCUCUGGAGGUGACAGUGAAGAACAGAAAUGGGGAUGAUGCCCAUGAGGCUAAGCUGGUGGGGAUGUUCCCUAACGCUCUCUCAUUCUCCGGCUUUCGCUCUCAGAAAACUACGAGGGACAAACCAGUGCUUUGUUUAGCCAAUCAGAAUGGCUCCCAGACAGAGUGUGAACUGGGGAAUCCAUUCAAAACAGAUUCAAGGGUUACUUUCUACAUAAUCUUGAGCACUGCUGGUAUCUCUCUCAAUACCACAGAAAUCGACAUUGACCUUGAGCUUCAAACGACCAGUACACAGGAAAACACGGGCAGUGUGAAAGCAAGGGCAAAAGUAGUGAUUGAGAUGUUACUUUCUGUUGCAGGAGUUGCGAGACCCUCCCAGGUGUAUUUUGGGGGCGAUGUGAAAGGAGAGAGUGCCAUCAAGACAGAAGAGGAGAUCGGCAGUUUGAUCGAUUAUGAAUUUAGGAUAAUCAAUUUGGGUAAGCCGUUGAAGUCCUUUGGCACAGCCUCGUUGAACAUCCAGUGGCCCAAAGAGAAUGUGGAUGGGAAGUGGCUGUUAUAUCUGGUUAAGAUCAGCACCACUGGCCUGGAAAAGAUCCCCUGCUCCCCAGAAACUGAGAUCAACUCUCUCAAACACAUUCAGGAGUCUAGCACAUCCAGGAAAAAGCGUGAAGCUGGAGGCAAAAAAUCUGGAGGCAAAAUCUCUUUGUUAUCAGACCAAAGAAAGCACAAAAUUUUGAUGUGUGGCAAUGGCUAUGACUCUAGAUGUGUGGUGAUCAAGUGCCCUCUACUGGGCUUGGACAGUAAUGCAGUGAUUUCUCUAAGGACCCGUCUGUGGAACGCUACCUUCAUUGAGAAUUACGCGUCUUUGAACUAUCUUGAUAUAAUUGUGAAAGCUUCCAUCAGCCUUGAUGCUCCUGCAAAGAAUAUGGUUCUCAGGAAUGCUGAGACUCAGGUGAGAGUCACAGUGUUUCCAGAGAAGGCAGUAGCCCAGUUUGGUGGAGUCCCAUGGUGGAUCAUCCUUGUGGCUGUCCUGGCUGGUAUUCUGAUGUUGGCGUUGCUAGUGUUUCUACUCUGGAAGUGUGGAUUUUUCAAACGCUCAAAACAUGAUGACAGCGUUCCAAGAUACCAUGCCGUACGGAUAAAGAAGGAGGCUUGUCAGUUUAAAGACGGAAAAGCCAAGCUGGAUUCCUUUGAGAAAAAGCAGUGGAUGACAAGCUGGAAUGAGAAUGAGAGCUACUCAUGAGACACUUGACUGUUGGGAUAUGGUCAGAUACAUUAGUCUCCUAUUUUCCUAAACAUCCAAUGACUGCAUUUGGGAAGCAAACUACAAAAUAAACGUUUUCUAUUCUCCCCAAGGACUCUCAGAUGAAAAUCUAUCCCGUGUCGUAUCUGAGGAAAUGAGAAGCAUCACGUCUUACAUUUGGGUAGAGAAAGGAAAUUGGGAAUUUGAAAUCCAUUAUCUGCCACUGAUACAGUUUUUAAUGACAUGAUGAAUUGAGUUUCAAUCUCCAAUGUUUAGCUGUAGAUAAUCUUUCUGCUGUGUUUUUUUGCAGUCAGUUUUAUCCAAUCUCUAUGUUGUAUUAUCCCUGCAAUGUAUAGACUGGAACAUUCUGUAUGUUUUGUAUAUAUUUAAAUACUUUAGCACACUGUAUAUUUAUUUUUGUCAUUAUCUGUACAAAGAAAACAGAUAUGCAUUGGCCAAAGUCUUUUUAAAUGUUUUAUCUAAAGUUACUUUUCAGUAGAAUAAGUAAGGGUAAAUGGUACUGCUGAUUUUCUAGUGCUGCACAGACUAAAAAGUAGCUACAGGUAUUAUGUGAAUAAUAUUGUCAUAAGGUACAAAGUUUAUGCAAUGCUUCUCAAUUCCCAAAUUAGAAAAAGAAUAGCACCUUUAUGAAUAUUUCUAAGACAGUUAUAUGUCAGUUAUGAGUUGGAGAUAUAUAACGGAUUCACACCAAACCUCUGUUUAUCCAUGGCUUUGACAGUGCCCCUGUCAAAGCCAUUUCAUUUGCGCAAAUACUGUACUGGGUGAUACUUCAGUAGCAUGCAGCUGGGACAACUGGAGUCGAAAGAAGCAGUAAAAUGCAGUUUAAUGUUUUGCUAAUUUUAUUUUAGCAUUCCUGAGUAAGAAGGAAGGCACUCAGUAAUGGUAUUUGUAAUGUGUGUCUUGAAGGUUAAGAUGCCACCUGACAUAAGAAUCAUAAUACAAACCCCCAAAAUGCCGACUUCGGAAAGUGAUCUUGUUGAUGAAUGCUGUCUGUAGGCCUAUCAGACUUCAUUUUAUAUGGAAGCUAUUCAAAGGGUAAUUGCUGUGGAAUGGUGAUCAAUGAGAAGCAUUAGGCGCUUUCACACUGCACCUUAGCUCAGGGUUAACAAAUGCUUGUGUGAAAACCGACUAAGCUAGCCCAGGGCCAGUCUAGCCUGGGGCUAAAAACAAUGCAGUGUGAAAAGGCCUAUUUAGUACUAGGACUACCUAAAACAUGUUUAAAAAAAAAAAAAAUGUAAGUCUCAUCACUGGCUCUUCAUUCAUUCCUCUAUUCAGAUGUUUUGAAUACUGUGUUUUGUGACAGAUUGCAAUAAAAAGAGAAUAAAUGGCUCAAAGUUCUACAA